GCCGGGGCGAGCUGCCACAGAGAAACCAGCCAUCCAACACACACAUACACACUCACAAGAGUGCACCAAGAGUUCAUGAGUGCUAGUUUGCGUUGAACUACAAUUAAGGGGAGUGGAAGUACUUUGGGAGAAAUAUUCUGCUCAUCCAUUCGCGGUUCUUUAGGUCGGGACGAGUUUGCGCGAUACUUUCGCUCACUUUUCUCUGCGCGUCAGGCAAUUAAGGAGAGCGACGCGGCUACCCGCACCUUGGCCAUGCGUCGCCUGUGAGAGGAGACGGAGUUGAGUGCGCAGGGUUUCAGAAAAGGACUGAGUGAAAACGGAACAAGACCACUUCACACACCAUGAAGACAGAGGGCUCUGUAAAUCAGAGUCUGAAUGAAGCAGGGGCUCCGCACUGCGCGUCUGGCAGUAAUUAUGGCGGCAAAGGGAAGAGGAUUAAGGUACUAUCCCAUCCAGGGGUCCCAUUAGUGGGAUUGAUGUUGUUGGCCACCCUCCCUUUUGGAGCAAGCAUCAAACAAAGUGUCCCCAGGGUCAAACUCAGCCACAGAGAACUGCUGCAAGCCGGCAGCGCGUCUCUGUUUUUAGGCCCCUCGGAUGGCCUCCACUCCCACUCGCUGCUGUUGGAUGAGGAGAGAGGUCGUCUUCUGUUGGGAGCCAGGGAUCACAUCUACCUGCUUGACCCUGACAAUCUGGCCAGAGCCCCCAGAAAGAUUUAUUGGCCUGCUCCCCGGGACCGCGUUGAAAUGUGCAAACUGGCAGGCAAAAAUCCAAAUCUGGAGUGUGCUAACUUUGUCAGGGUCCUCCACAACUACAAUCGAACACAUGUCUAUGCCUGCGGGACCGGGGCCUUCCACCCUAACUGUGCUUUCAUUGAAAUCCACGGCCGCAGAGAGGAUGGUGUGUUCCAACUCCUGUCUAGCACAGUGGAGUCUGGCAGACUGAAAUGUCCUUUUGACCCCAUGCAGCCGUUUGCCUCAGUCGUCACAGAUCAGUACCUGUAUGCAGGCACAUCUUCCGACUUCCUGGGCAAAGACACAACGUUCACACGCUCCCUCGGCCCUCCGCCCGACCAGCACUACAUACGCACGGACAUCUCCGAAGACUACUGGAUCAAUGAGGCUAGGUUUAUAUCUGCUCAUCCCAUUGCAGACACCUACAACCCAGAUGAUGAUAAGAUAUACUUUUUCUUCCGUGAGGUGUCGUGGGAAGGCAACGACAAGAGCAUCGUGUCCCGAGUGGCCCGUGUGUGCAAGAAUGACGUGGGUGGGCUGAGGAGUCUGACCAACAAAUGGACCACCUUCCUCAAAGCCAGACUUGUGUGUUCCAUCCCUGGACCAGACGGAGUGGACACACAUUUUGAUGAGCUCCAGGACAUCUUCUUGCUCCCGACCAGAGAUGACAAAAACCCCAUAGUGUACGCAGUCUUCACCACCUCCAGCUCCAUUUUCCGUGGCUCAGCAGUGUGUGUGUACAGCAUGGCGGACAUAAGGGCUGCUUUUAACGGCCCUUACGCCCACAAGGAGGGGCCCGACCACCGAUGGGUAGAAUACGAGGGGAGGGUACCGUAUCCCCGUCCCGGAACGUGUCCCAGCAAGACAUACGACGCAAGGAUCAAGACCACCAAAGACUUCCCGGAUGAGGUGGUCAGCUUCAUUCGAUUCCACCCUCUUAUGUAUCGCUCAGUCUACCCUCUGACCGGCCGACCCGUGUUCACACGUGUCCGAGUGGACUACACACUGACUCAGAUCGUGGUGGACAGAGUCCUGGCAGAGGAUGGACAAUAUGAAGUCAUGUUCCUGGGAACAGAUGCGGGCUCAAUUCUGAAGGUGGUGAGCAUCACUCAAGAGAACUGGUCAACAGAGGAAGUGGUGCUUGAAGAACUCCAAGUUUUCCAGGAUCCAACUCCCAUCCUCAGCAUGGAGAUGUCUUCAAAACAGCAACAGCUCUACGUGGGUUCAAGAGAAGGACUAGCCCAGGUUUCACUCAGCAGAUGUCACCUAUAUGGCCAAGCCUGUGCUGAAUGCUGCCUGGCACGAGACCCAUACUGUGCCUGGGAUGGACACACAUGCUCACGAUACAUCCCUGCAUCCAAGAGGCGAGCCAGAAGACAGGACAUCAAGCAUGGAGACCCUGCCCGUCAGUGCUGGGACACAGAAGACAGUCUCGGUGGGGGACGGGUGGAGGACAGGGUCCUCUUUGGGGUUCAGAGCAACUCCACAUUCCUCGAGUGCAUCCCCAAAUCUCAACAGGCCCAGAUCCGGUGGUACGUACAGAGACCUGGAUCUGAACGCAGGGAGGAGGUUCAGCUGGAUGAUCGAGUCAUUCACACAGAUCGAGGUCUCCUGAUUCGCUCCCUCCACGCCUCCGAUGCGGGCGUGUACAUCUGCGUGGCUCAGGAACACACGCACUUCACCCACACUCUCCUCCGUCUCACGCUACACCUUGUUACACAUGGCCAACUGGAUGGAAAGCCUAAGCCCAGUGAAGACCCCAUUUUGGAGCUGCGUACCGAGUCCCGCCAGCGUUACAAAGACUACCUGAGAGUGAUGACCUCUCCCUUCAGCACUCUGGAGGAGUACUGUGAUUCCCUGUGGCUGGAGAAGAGGCCGUCAAGGGUGCGAGGACGAGGCUUAGGAGCUGGCAAAUGGAAGCAUAUCCAGGAAAUGAAGAAGAGCAGGAACAGGAGACACCACAGAGAGAGGCAGGAAGAGUGGGAAAAACAAGGGAGGGUGGUGAGGACAGCAAAGCAGUGAGGGAUGUGGGAAAAAAAAAAACAUUCAGGGUUAUCUGUCUACACACACCGUUUGCAUAACAAAGCAGAUGUGACACAGAACUGUAAAACUGAAAGACAGAUCAACUCAGAGUUAAUGAGGUAUGAAAGACUAACACUGAAAUACACAGUUCAGGAGUUCAAAAUAAAAUUCAUUUCAACGAGCAGUCAUUAGUCAACCAACACAGUGAAAAUGGUUCAAAUGCUGUGGAUACCAUAGAAAUUAUCGUUCUGUCCUAACAUAUUCAAGUAAUACAACAGAGACUAAAUAAAAAUCACUUUUGCAACAUGUAAAACAGAUAAUUUUACAAAGUCAUCCAUUGACUGCGGUUUCAGCUCUAGUGCUACAGGAGAUAAGAUGAAGGUUUGCAACACGACAUUACACACUGACGGCUAAUAGGUGCGAUCAUGUGAUAUUGAUAGUGAAACAUGGUGUAAUUAAUGAAAGUGGGGGGAGAAAAAAGAUUUUGCUUUGGUGAUGACAAUGCAUUCAUGUUGAAUGACUGUAAAUAUUUAUAAAACAUGUACAGGAGAUACAGCAUGCUCAAUUUAGUCUUAUUACUGAUCUAUAUAACUAUAACGAUAAUCAUGUAUUAUGUUUGAGUUGACAAAAUGGCAUAUUUUUGUACAAGCAUUUCACUCCUAUGUACUGUAGGCUCAAUAGAUAUUUUCUUUAUUUCUGUUUUGCAAAGUUAUUUAAAUAAAUUUAUCUUGGCGCCUC